AUGGUGAGCUCAUCUUCAAGUGAGGCUGAACGAGCUCCCACUUUUGCACACUUACGCUUGCAUUCACUGCAGACUGGCGAGAUGGCGGAGGAGUACGACAUUGUCAUCGUGGGGGCGGGCACCGCUGGCUGUGUUCUUGCAAAUCGGCUGAGCGAAGACCCCAGCAUCUCUGUCCUCAUCCUUGAAGCAGGUCAAGACAGAAACGAUGACAAAAGAGUGGCCACGCCCGUGCCCGGGCAACUCGUCGACAAUCCGGAGUUUGACUGGCAGUAUGUUUCAGAGCCGCAGCAUGGCAUCAAUGGCCGGCGCAUGAAACAGCCUCGGGGGAAAGUGCUGGGAGGUAGCAGCGUGAUCAACUCGUUCGCUCUCAUCUAUCCAUCGAGAGCGGGCAUGGAUGUUUGGGCAGACUUGGGUAACAAAGGAUGGGACUGGGAGGGCACGAAGGAUUAUUUUCGCAAGUUCCAGACCGUUUGUCCUGCUCCCGACAUUGUGAAGAGGGAGCUGAGACCGGUCAUCAGCGGCGAGGGGACCAACGGACCAAUUCAAGCGUCGUAUCCCUUCACCGUCUCACAGGCGCAAAGGCUAUGGUUGCAGGCCUUCAAAUCUCUCGGAUUGGAAAACACGAGCGAUCCUCUCGACGGCGCGGCGAUCGGUGGGCACAUCACCACCAACCACAUAUCAAUCGACAAGCGCGAAAGGAGUCAUGCUGGGCUCGCCUACUAUGAACCCGUGCGAGGCCGGCCGAACUUGAAACUCGUCACUGGUGCACUCGUCCAGAACAUCACCUUUGACACCUCGAGUGGAAAUGACGCAUUGGCUACAGGAGUCGCGUACAUCAAAGAUGGCAUCUCUUGCUACGCCGCGGCCCGUAAAGAAAUCUUACUUGCAGCUGGCGCAUUUGCAACGCCCCAGAUUCUCGAACUCUCCGGAAUCGGUGACUCAACGUCUUUGCAACGGCAUGGGAUUGCCACAGUCUACGACAACCCCAAUGUUGGCGAGAAUCUCCAGGACCACAUCCGACCAGGCCUUUCCUUCGAAGUGGCCGAUUCCAUCGGGUCGCGCGAUCCUCUACCGCCUUCGGAUGCCCAAAAGCUAUACGAGAGUGACAGCAAGGGUCCAUGGGUUGAUCGAGCAUGUUACACCUUUGCUUACAUGCCUUUGCAUCAUUUCAUGUCUUCGGCUGAGAAGCAGGAGCUCUCCAACAUCCUGGACGAGCAUCUGAACGACAGAACACUGCCUGAGUUCCAGCAAAAACGAAACGCCUUCAUCAAGCAAAUGAUCCUCUCGCCAUUCGAAGCCAGCGCGACAGCUUUCUUCGCUCGACGACCGGCUGGCACCGACUCGACGCAAGGCAAUUUCUUCACCUUUCUCGCCAUGCUUUCCCACCCCUUCUCGCAGGGUAGUUGCCACAUUGCUUCCAGCGACGCUGCUGCGAAGCCGCGGAUCGAUCCUGGGUACUACACUCAUCCGCUCGACCUCGAGGUGCACGCGCGACACAUCCAGACUCUCGUCAAGCUCACCCAGACGCAACCUUUUGCUGAUGCCAUUAAGGCGGAUGGUGCACAGGUUCCGAUCAAGUUCACCGACAUCUCUAUUGAGCAGGCAAAAGAGUUUAUCAAAGAGUAUGCGACGACGAAUUACCACCCUUGCGGAACUUGUAGUAUGAUGCCCGAGCAAAUCGGUGGUGUUGUGGAUGACCGACUGCGAGUCUAUGGUACGAGGAAUGUGCGCGUGGUUGAUGCGAGCAUUAUGCCGAUUAUCCCACGUGGAAACAUCCUCACCACCGUCUUCGCCGUAGCUGAAAAGGCCGCUGAUAUCAUCAGUGGGGAUCUCGGAAUCAAGAGAACGACCUAG